AUGCUCCACAUGCCCAUGUUCGAGUGGCGAGAUCGCGAGAGUGAACUGCGGCGGGAGCAGAAGGGCGAAUCCUGUCGCAUCCACGGCUACUUCGACGUCAACAGGGUUCCUGGCAAUUUCCACAUCGGCACGCACGGUGCGAUGGUGCCCUCCUACCUCUCCUUCUACGACGAACCCUCGCCACCGCAGCAGAACAUGAGGCAUACCAUCAACUCCCUGGCUUUCGUGGACGUUGGUUCCCCGGGCAGUGGCAUGUCUCGGCCCUUGGACGGUUUCAAGAGCCCUCAAGCCUUCACUUUCCAGUAUUAUUUGAUGAUCACCCCAGUGACCCGAAAAACGGCGGCGGCCGAUGACUACGGCUACCGUUUUUCGGCGAGUUCCUUCGUGACCAACGAACUCAUUGGCCCCGCGGUCUUCUUUCGGAUGGAGAUCGAUCCCAUUCGGGUCACGAACUACACCGAGACG